AUGGAUAGUCGCACCGCUGCGCAGGGCGCCUUGCGCGCAACCAUCGAUUUCUGGAAAAAAUUUGUUUCCCGCUGCAUCGCUAGACGUGUUGAUACGGAUCGAUUCGAGGUCUUGGUGCAGCAGGUUUACGCCGAACAUCCUCUACCCCCCGCCGUCAUCGCCGACUUCUUCUUGCGACCGCAACCUUCCAACGACAACAGCCUCGACCCUCGAAUCCCUCCGUAUCUACAAGCGCUCACGCGAUUGGGCUAUAUAGAUACACCGUCCGUGUUGCAGGCUCUCUAUAAAUACUCGUCUUCACAUGCCCAGGCGCAGCAGCCCAAUGAUGGCGACGAUAAGAACGAGGCGGCGCAACCGCCAAGGACACCACACAUCAAACACUGGAAGAGUUCGUACUGGGCCGAAGAAGCCAUCUUCUACAGCCUUACUAAGGCGGUAGUGGAAGGCAGGGCUAUCCCAGAUUCCACCAUUGCGUUGGACGUCGUCAAGAUCAUUUCCAAGUACAUGACAUUGUUUACGGCUGCGUCUACUGCCUUUGCCGCCGACAUGCUUGGGCAACUGCAUUCUCCCCAGAUUAGAGAUGAGAUGGAGUCGGCCCGAGCUGGCCUUGUGGCGCUACUUCUGCGUCUUUGUGAGAAUGACGUACUGGUCAAGGCCGUCAGCAAACCAUUCGCCAAAGAUGCUCGAAAAGAACUGGCUGCUAGUCUAGCAAGCUUCGUACCAACCCUGCAGCUUGUGCCAGAGCUCACCGAGAAACUGGAGCUCUUCCGAACCGAGACCCUUGCGAGUCUCGAUCCUGCGGAUAAGAAGAAGCAGGUUGCUAAUGCCGCCAUGGAUGAACUUCUGGAUUCUACAGUUGGACUAGAAAACUUUGUGAUACCCGAAAUCCCCAUCAGUAAUACCCGAGCAGGGUUAUAUAUCUACCUCAACGCUGCGCUUAUUGGGCGCCCCAUCCUGGACGACAACGCUCUAUUCUCUUACAUGAACAACAAGUACCAAGGAGACGUUCAAUCAAGCGCGAUUGACCUGAUCCUAGCAUCGUUCGAUAUACUAGCCAACGCUGUGUUUCGUAAUGAGGGACAGAAAGAUGCUCACCUUUUGCGCUCAUACCUGAUCAACAAGCUUCCUCUACUUCUAUAUCAACUCUGCCCUCCCGAGUUCCCGGGCACGUCUGCUGAGUUUUGCAUCACGGAAGCACUGCAUCAUGUCGACACCAGCCUGUUCCCGACGGCCUCACUCAUGUUUGACGAGUCUCGCAAUAACAAUCCGUAUACUGAAAGUGUCAGAGAGGAGUUUUGCGCCUCAUGUGUUCUUCAUGGUCUUGUGCAGAGAGACCACGUGGAAAGAAUCCUCGGGGAGAUUUCUCUGUCGGAUGAACCGUCAUUGCAAAAAUACUCGAAAGAGAAACUUGUCCAGGACUGUUUGUCUGACAUGGACAAGAUCCAAGGCUUGAUUCUAGAGCUUGACAAGAUGGACGGCAAUGUCGGCGCCGUUUGUCAGGCGCUCAUCGAGCUUUUGCGACAAUACUGCCAUAGCAAAGAGACCAUGUCUCUAAAGCUCCUGUGCAGUCAGUUGGCAGCGAAACCCCAAUCAUUAGAUGUGAUUCUUCUAUUUGAGAAGUUGCCGACAAUCCUCGAGCCCUUGUGCCAAUUGCUCGACAACUGGCGGUAUGAAGAGGAUCAAGGCGAGUAUCAACCAGUUUACGAAGAAUUCGGCUCCAUUCUCCUGCUAGUUUUGGCGUUUGCCUACCGAUAUAACCUCACGGCAACAGAUGCCGGGGCGAUCGGUCCAGACUCAUGUGUGGCCAAGAUUAUCGGACGUGGACAUAUCGCACGACAAGGCAACGAGCUGACAGAACAGGAAAAUGGACAUCUAGGCGGAUGGAUCCAUGGUUUGUUCGACACCGAAGCUGGCGGUCUUGGCGACGAAUUGAUGUCUUCCUGUCCGCCGCAAGAAUUCUAUCUGUUGGUGGCAACGUUGUUCCAGAACAUUGUGGUUGCCUAUGCGCACGGCUAUCUUAAUGAUGAGAGCCUAAAGGGGGGCGUCGAAUAUCUGGUAGAUACGUUCUUAUUGCCAUCUCUUGUGCCGGCUAUCCGGUUCUUGUCAGAUUAUCUCUGGGUCGACCAGAAGGAGGCCAAGUCCGUCAUCAAGGUCCUUCAGCUUAUCCUUCUGCCCAGCAGCAUAUCCGGAGAAGCCAGUACGAUGCUGUCGUCCGUCAAGAAUCUCAUCGCGAGGCCCCUCGAACAUGCCCUCAGGACAUACCAGAGGCGUGAUCCAAAGAACCAGGAUAUCGAGCCCCUUCUCCGGACACUCAAGGACAGCAUCCCGUUGUCUCGAAGGACAGGAGGUGCCGACAUCAACGAACUCGAGUCCUGGACUUCGACAGCCACAAAUGGACUUGCCAGUGCCAUCAAGCACAACAUCCAAGGCCUCGUGCACUGGAGCAUGCACCCGGCGAUCAACAGCAUGCCGACCUCGUAUACUCAUCGCCAGAUGCUCGCAGCCCUCAAGCUCCUUGGGUCGAAGCGGCUGUUGCACAUCAUCUUGGAUGAGGUGAGGCAGCAGACAGAGGCAGGAAACGCCAACAGUGUGUACGACGUUGCUACAUCGCUGAUCUGCGCCCCCGAUGCGGCCAAGGAUGCUCCUGUUGGCAUGCUCGAUGUGAAUGGUAAUAUGCCUCCAACUUUGCAGCGCCCGCGCACGCUCCGUGAGAUGUUGAAGGCCGAAGCAGAAGGCUGUAAGAAGCUUCAGAAGAAGGACGCGGCGCUGGCCGAGAUUGUGGUUCGUCUACACCGCAGGGUCGAAAUGCUGAUGGUCAUGCCCGAGGCACAAGCCAUGCUUCAGACGGCAGACAUGGCACUGGGAGAUGCGAUGGCUGCUGCGGCAUCGGGUGUACAGGGUGACAGCAUGUCUGUUGACAACAUGCUCGAUGUCGGAAUGGGUGGAGUUCCGUCAGACCUCGGACUUGGGCCUGCGAGCGCUGGUGGAAGUCUGGAUCCGUCAGGGGAUAACGAGCUGUUUGGCGCUUUUGGGUCCCAGGAGUUGGACAACUUUGAUUGGGAUAUGGAUAACAUGGUAUAG